UGGGUUGGAGGGGGUUAGUGAAGUUAGUGUCUGUGUUCGGGACUGCAGCAGCUCCGCUGGUAUUCCAGGAAUGUGUUGAUCAUGGCGGCCGCUGUGAAGCCCGUGAAGAGCGGACUGCUGGAGCUCCGUGUUACCGUCGAUCACUGGAUCCGUGUGCUCGCGACUCUAAGCGAAGACUCGUUCACCGUGAGCCCCGGAGAAAGCGCCGAUGAGUCCGUCAAACCCUCCUUCCCCGCCGCCGCCGCCGUCGGGGCGGUUAACGGGGAUCCGGCCAAUCUCAGCGCCUCCCCGGUGCCGGACACCAUCACGAACGUCAAGAGAACAGUCCGGGUCACCAAACAAGAAGUCGGAGGGCUUGGCAUAAGUAUUAAAGGUGGUAAGGAGAAUAAUAUGCCCAUCCUCAUCUCUAAGAUCUUCAAAGGACUUUCAGCUGACCAGACGGAAGCUCUUUACGUGGGCGAUGCAAUUUUGUCAGUGAAUGGAAACGACCUCAGAGACGCUACGCACGAUGAGGCCGUUCAAGCCUUGAAGAAAACGGGCAAAGAGGUCAUUCUGGAAGUGAAGUACAUAAAGGAGAUGUCAGCGUUCUUUAAGGGCGGAUCGACAGCUGGACCUCCCGUGCUUGAUUCCCCCCCAGCGACCCCACAGAAGCAGGCAGACCCCGCGCUUAAAGAGACCAGGACACUUCCGCUCCGAAUGUGUCAAGUUACACGCAAACAUUGUCCCCCUGAUACAGAGGACAGGUAUUUUGAGGUUGUGUCAUCAGACAGAAAGAAGUCUGUGUUUUUGCGGGCUAAAGAUCACGCCAUGGCUCAGGCCUGGUAUAACGCCAUACAGACAGCGAGUACGGCGUUACUGCCCAGCGCCACGGUCGAGCUAAAAGCCAUGCAGCCCAGCAUGGACGUCAAACACAUCGGCUGGAUCGUUGAACAGGGGUCAGAGCGGCCGAUAGUGGCGGUAUUGACCGACAGGGAUCUGCUGCUGUACAGCUCUCUACCAGAUUGCAAAGAAAUGCUCAACAAUCCAGACAGGAGCUAUCCGUUAAUUACCACCAGGUUGGUUCACUCUGGACCUGGUAAGAGUUCAUCGCUGCAUGAUUCUGAGUUGACGUUUGGCCUGCGUUUGGGCACUAAACAGGGAGUGGAGACUCAUCUGUUCAGAGUGGAUACGGCGAAAGACCUGUCUACCUGGACACACUUACUUGUGGAGGGCUGCCACAGCGCCGCAGAGCUUAUUCAGGAGGUCACUACAGCAUGCAGCUGGAAUGGGAAGUCAUGCAUGUUAAGCAUACACAUAGACAAAGGCUUCUCACUCUUCGCCGAAGAGGCCGGCGUAAGAAAAAACAUUCUUCUCCAGCAACCGUUCGAGCGUCUGCGCAUGUCUUCAGAUGACGGCGUCCGUAUGAUCUUUCUCGACUUUGGAGGCCCAGAAGCAGAGAUUCAACUUGACCUUCACUCUUGCCCGAAGACUAUUGUCUUCAUCAUUCACUCUUUCCUGUCGGCCAAGGUCAAGAGGCUGGGCCUGUUGGCAUGAUGACCGGCGCUCGGAGACACCGCCGAUGACGACAGGAGUGAACGGUUCAGUGGACCACUGAACAUCAAGCCAAACUUUCACCAGAGACUGCCACGGGUCAGAGUUCAACCACUGAUGGCCAAACACAAGAGAGCAAAAAACAAACCUAAAGCCAUUCAAUGAAACGUUUAUGUCUAUUUUUCCCUCAUAGUUCUGGCCUUUUAUUGUUUGUGUUUGUAUUUCACCUUUGGGUUCAACUUUGUGCAAACAAAACAAGAUAUUAGCCCAGCUCCAAAACUUAGUCUACUGUCUACAUAGGCAGCUGCCUUCUAAGACCCCAAAAAUACUCAACAGAAGUAUGUGAACACAAAUACUUGUAGCUACCAAGUGUGCCGCACAAGCCCUCAAAAGUGAAGCCAAAACGUCUCGAUCGCCCCCCGGUGGCUGGUCCUAGUAUAGGUCAUAAACCCCGCCACCCCAUGUUAUUCAACGGGACGUGAGACCAACUAAACAAUUAAAUUACACUUCACAUAUCUUUUUUCAAAGAUAGUUUCUGUCAUUUACUGUCGUUUCUGUCACGUUGAUGUCAUUUCAAGUGUUUGUUUUCAAAAUAAGUUUGUUUUUAGUUAUUUGAUGCUAUAAAAACGGUGCUGUGACAUCAUGAUUGACAGCUGUGAUUGACAGGUUCUCUGAGCGAAGUAGUCACUGAAGCACCAACGGACAUUUUUUCGGGUUCUUCGGAGGACUGAGGAGAUUGGAGCUUUAAAUUUAAUAUCUACAUUUCUAUAAUUAAUUAUUUCAUACCGUCAUAAGUCAAAAGUGCAGGGGCGUGUGCUUGCGAUUGAUUCAGCGAGAGUGAGGGCGGGGCCUUGAUUUCGCGGCUUUACUUCCUGCUCACUACUGCGCAGGUCUGGUCCCGAAAUCGCAACUGCACAAACUCAAGUCCCAAGAUGUCAGCGCCAUAUCGGGACACUGGCGGCUUCAGUUCUCACCAAUGGAAAAGAGCGAAGGGGCGUCGGCCAUCUUUUUUUACAGUCUAUGGUAGCUACACAAGCUCGAUUUCAUGCGCGGUUCCAUUCGGAACUUUCGGAAUUCAAAUCAUAAUUGAAUGCAAUUGUUUUGGGACAGUCUUCGCAUCGUGAGCAUGCCUGUAAUGCCUUAAAAUGCUGUCUAGAUAGGCCGCUCAUUACGUUUUGGAACAGCUAUAACUGUCUUUAUUGCUGUUGAUAUUAUUCCUGUUGUGAGUCUGAAAACAAAAGCUGCUUUUAUAAUGAAAAGGGCUUUAACGUUCAGUAGCUGAGAGCGGUUGUGGAAAUGAAAAAUGUCUAUAAGAAUCACUAAUGCAAACGUUCGCCUUUAUUUGACAUGUAACUGCCCUUAAAGUACUUCUCAUUUGACUUUUUGGGACUUUAAAAUAGCCUUCUUAAGACAUAGACAUGGAAGUCCUCCAGAGUUUCAACCAUGAAUCUAUCGAUCUCUUGAGCUGCAAACGUACUUUUUUGGUAUCCCCAAGUAUUUCAAAGAACGUGGUAUUACCAUUAUAGUUUUGUCCGAAGGUAAACAUGGCAAUAACAUUUUUUGAGUCCGUGUUUUUUAAGUCAUCUCAAUUGUGCGAACCAAAACGGCGAAUUAAGCUCCGUCUUGAGAAUGUAUUACAGAUUUACAAUUUGACAAAGCUUGACGGAAACUGCAGUUAAAGCUGGGAAACUUCAUUUUAAACAACAGAAAGUUACACUGACCUCUGUUGGUCAAAACGAGCAAUACUACAGUCCUUAUCAUUUUUAUACCAUGCUAAAAAUAUAAUAUUAUUUGCUUUAUUUUUCCUCAAACUGAUAGUGGGAAACUGUUGGAAAUAAAUGCUUUGUGGAUCAUAUUUCUUUGCAAACAGCUGCAUUUCAAAUGGAUGUUUUCCUAUAUAUAUAUAUAUAUAUUCUUUGAGUUCUGGCAUCUGUUUUUUGCUUUAAACAAUGUGUCUUGGUCCUAAUAACAUUGCGAUGGUAAACUGCAAAUGUCUUCUGCUCAAAUUGGUACUUUUAAACAAAAUGUCCCAGCUUGGAAAAUAUCCCUUUUAGUGGCCUUUUUUUAAACUCUGCUAAAUUUUAAUAUAUAAUUCAAACUAAACUAUAUUCAAACUAUGUUAGCUAUCAAAAGGAAAAUCAUAUUAUAUCCUUAUUUAAACAAAAGAGUGCCUUUUAGGGUUGUUUGUAUAUAAAAAUGCAAUAAAUGUAACUGUUGACCUAUUUUGAAGGAGUGUUUAUUG